UUCAUUUAGAAUACAAGGCUUCGAUAACGCAAAGCAUCGCAACAAUGGACAUAAAGAAUUUUGAACUGGUAUUAGGAGAAGAUAAGCCGAAAGGUAUUAUCAUAAAAGACCCGAACGAUAAUGUCAUAGAAAACAUAGCUAUUUCAAACGAUGAUCAGUUUACAUUCAACAAUACUCAGUAUAUCGUAUUUGAAAACUUGCUAUCAUUGCGUCAACACUACAGUACUUUUGAAUAUGAUGAUAUGGCUAUCAAAGAAUUUUCAAUAAUGAAAAAAACCUCUGCUGAAAAAAUCUUAACUUGGAUCGCGACAAUACACCAGCACUCAUUGGAUUAUAGAACAGUGCCUACUAUGUCAUCAAUAACCGAUGCGUUACAGACAAUAAGUGAGGAGUUAAAAUUGCAAGCAGAAGAUGCCACUGCCGACAGUAAUUUAAAAGAAAUGUUCAACGUUUUCUUGAACCUUCUGAAUGAUUUGAUUAAGGAAAUAACUUCUGAGCAAUUAGCUAUCAUUUACCAGUACAGCAACAUCGCUAAAUUACAUAUUGGUGAUUUGCCUUUAUCUCAAUUGCUGAAAAUUUCAAGCGAAUAUCUUUAUGACCUUCUGUUUUAUAAGGAAAAUAUGCUCGAGCGGGUCAGCUUGACGUAUCCGAUGCAAAUGCUUUCAUAUGUGAUGCGUAUUUUCCUUCUACUAUUUUCCCGCUUCAAGAUUCCGUUCACUGACGACGAAUCGAUAUUAAUCCAUGAAAUCACUGCGAUAUUAAUUGAUCUACUGUCUGAUCGACUGACGACAAAUGUAUAUUUGAAACAUGGCAACAGUUAUGCAACAGGAAUAAUGCAGCAGAUAAAUCGUAAAUUUCCAUCUUUAGCAAACGUAACCGAUAUCAACAAAGUCGAUCAGUUUAUGCAAAAUAAUCCAGACUUUAAAAGUUUCAUUGAAACCAAUUACCGGGAUUUCAAUUUAUGGCCAUUUGUGUUAUCGAUGAAUAUGACUAGGCAACAACGAAUAAUGUUUAAUAUCAAAGCAUGCCUCGACAACUUCCGUUUGAAAGACAAAAAUAAAAUUGAUAUACAACCGAAAGAAGUCAUUGAAUUAGUCGAACAAAUAUGUGAGCCAUACGUUCAGACAAAACAAUAUGAACGAUACAACGAGGUAUGCUUCAAACAGAUUGUUAACUCAGGAUUGUUUUCGAAAGUUUGUAAUUUCAUGAGUUCUUGAAAUAAUUACUUUUAGAAAAAUCAUAUGCUCCAGACUUCUGUCAUUUGUUUAAAUUGAUUAAUUAUCUGAAUAUUAAUAGCUUUUGCCCCCACAUUGGUUUUUAUUA